AUGGCUCUGCCUUCAUCGCCUCCGUCUCUUCUCCCAACAGAGGCAAUGGAGGAAAUUCCAUCAUCACCUCCACUUCUGCCGGCAACAUCCAUUCUCCCGAGUCGCAAACGCCAUUGGACCGAGCCCGAGGACGAAAACAGUCUGUCCAGCGAUCCAUUAUUUUCAGAGGACAAUAGCGGAGUUGAGGAUCUGGCGAGUUAUGACAGACCGAAGAGGAAGAAGAUGGUGCGAGGGCCUUGGUACAAUGUUGGGUCCGCUAAGAAGGGAGCGCAGAGCGGGCUGAGGCAGGAUGCGUUUAGGAAUGUGGAUAGUGGAGUGUGGAUGGGGAGUGAUGGUAGUAUUGAUAGCAUGCUAUCGAGUCAGAACAGAAUGCGCAAGCUAGCGGGUCAGGAUGAGGUUGAGGAGAAGCAGGUUAUGCUGGGAGGAGCGGAACAGAUGGCGAAUGAUAUUGUGCAGCGUUGUGUAGAGACUGGGAAGGAGAGUGUUGAUCUCUCAGAGCUUGGUCUGCGAGCGAUAUCGCCUGCUACGCUUCAGCCGCUGCAUCAGCUUAUUCGGCCUUCGCAUAUCAACUCGACGGAGCCGCCAUCGGAAGACGAGUUUAGCGCGUUGACACCUUCGAUCAAGCUGUUUUUGGCGAGGAACGCGCUGAUUUCAUUACCACCUGAGCUCUUCAAUCUCGAGAAUAUUACGGUCCUUAGUCUGCGGAACAACGAGCUCACGGAGAUUCCUCCAUGUAGCGACCGGCUACACAAGCUAAGAGAGCUCAACAUUGGAGGCAACAACAUUCAAUAUCUACCCUGGGAGCUCUUCCAUCUCUUCGACUGCAACGGCAACCACAAUCAGGUCACCGUGCGACCGAAUCCUUUACUCGAGCCAACUAGCAUCACUGGCCCAUCUCCGUUAGCAGCACUGCCAAAGCCGGCAGUGUCAUACGGGGAGCUGAGUCGAUAUGGCGAUACGCGGACAUACUUCCAGGAGCUGAGAGAAGCAUACCUACAAGAUGGGCCUCUAGACUUGCGCUCGGAACUCGAGCUGCGAUUGAAGCUCGGGCGAGCGUUGCGGAUACAGGCCCUGCAGGAACUGUCGCGAGCAGGCAAAGAAGUAAGCGUGUGCCGCGAGGAACUGAUAUACCUCGCCUCUUCGCGAGUGCACUACUUCAGUGUUGAUGGGACGCCCAUGCGACGACUCAAUAGGGAAGACGAGGACUUUCAAGCGGUCAUUGAUGAUCGCCAGCCAUCUCCAGGACCAAUAUCGACCACACCUUCACUAUUCGAAACAGCACUGCGCACUGUGCAAAAGGUCUACUACCUGGACGAUUUACCUUCUACCAUGCCCGCCUCUGUAAAAGCCGCGUUGGGGCGUGCGGCCCAGGGUCUAGAAGUGGGCAACAGGUCCUGCUCAACUUGUGAUCGAAGCUUUAUCAUUCCACGGGCAGAGUGGGUUGAGUACUGGCACAAUGGGCUCCCAUCGCAGACGGAGCUGACGCAAGAGGCAGUUUUGCCAUUCAAACGGACUGCUUGUAGCUGGGAAUGUGCUGUUCCUAGCGAGCCGGGCGAGUUCAGAUGUUGA